AUGAACCCGCACAUUUCAGUUCCCCGCCAACAUGCUGGUCCGGCCACUUUUGGCUCUACGCCCCGCCGUGGCUCAAGUGUGCGCAUGCCACGCUUCUUCAAGAGGCUGUUCAAAUUUCCCCAGAUGGACUUCGAGAUGGCCAUCUGGGAGAUGACCUCCUUGUUGAUCGCACCUAAAAAGGUCUUCAAAUCCAUCUAUUACCAUAAACGUGAGUCCUAUCACUUCAACACCUACGAUCCCAUUGAUUCUAGUACUGAACUCUCAAUAGAAACAAAAAACACCUGGCACCGACCGGACCCGUCCUUUGCAUAUCUCCUCUCCUUCUUCCUCCUCCUCACAGCCUUGGCAUGGGGCCUGGCCUACACCCACUCCUUCGGUGCUAUUGUGAAGCUCUCUAUCCUCUUUAUCUUCUUCCACUUCAUCGGUUCCUCUCUCCUGGUCUCGACAAUUGGCUAUUUCAUCAUUGGCCGACUAUUCGGUCCCAAUGGAGCGGCCGCAUCCCUCGCCGGUUUCCGUGGUUCUCGGGGCCGACGACGAGGUGCGGCACAGGGUCUCUUUGUACAGCCGGGGGAGAAGGAUCAAUUGGAGUUUGGUUACUGUUUUGAUGUUUCGAACCGUGCCUUCUUUCCCUUGUACCUCCACCUUUACGUGGUGCAAUUCCUACUCCUCCCGCUCCUCACUCGCAGCCCAAGCAACUUCCUGGCUACCUUCCUGGGCAAUACCCUCUACCUCUCCGCCCUCAUCUACUACACAUAUAUCACCUUCUUGGGCUACAAUGCCCUACCGUUCCUGCACAACACAGAGCUCUUGCUCAUCCCAAUUCUGGUCUUUGCCAUUAUGUGGCUCAUUAGUCUGAUUGCUGGUUGGGGCGUUGUUAUGCAAGGCCGCAGUGUCGUGGGGCUAUUCUGGGGCGUGUAA